UGUUCUAAAAGCUGGCAAAGGAGUGUUGGUGCCACGUCAACAAUCCACUGCUAAAUACGUGAAUUUUAAGGACUACUUGCACUGUUUGAAUUGCCAAGGGCUGUUCAGGCGAAAAGCACUUUGGAGGCAUAUGUCAAGGUGUAACCUAGCCAAGAAGUGCCAGGUCACAAAACCAGGUAGAUCCAGAGUUCAAGCACUCUGUGCUUAUGCAGAGCCUGUUCCUGAAGGAGUAACAAAAAAAUUAUGGAAACUGAUCAGUGACAUGAAGCAAGAUGAAGUAACGCACGUGGUUAAAAGUGAUGCAUGCAUCAUCAAGUUUGGAGAACACUUGUGCAACAAAAUGGGGAACGACAAAACCAAGCAUGAAUACAUCAGAACUAAAAUGCGUGAGGCUGGAAGGCUGUUGGUAUCUGCUAGAAAAGUUGGAAAACUGCAGAGUAUUAAAGACUUUUUCAUACCCAAAAACUUCUAUGAUGUUAUUAAGGCCGUUAAAGAUACAGCGGGAUACCGAGAAGAAGAUGAGGUCUUUGCAAUUCCGUCUUUGGCGUUAAAACUGGGGCACAACCUAAAAAAAAUGGCAGAUAUUGCAGAAUGUGAAGCAAUGAUUGCAGGAGAUGAAAACAUUGUCCAAAAGGUAAAAAUGUUUAAGAAAAUGUAUACCACAAAAUGGAAUGAAUUGGUGUCAGCCUCAGCCUUGAAGACACUUAAUGAAGCAAAAUGGAACACUCCAGAGCUUCUUCCUUUUACUGAGGAUGUUAAGAAAAUGCACAUCCAUCUCAGCAAGCAAACUAAACUGUACCAAGAAAAGCUAAAACUUGAGAAAAGUCAAAAGAACUGGUCAAAUCUUGCUCAAGUGACUCUGUGUGAUGUAAUGGUGUUUAAUCGCAGGAGAGCAGGAGAAGUUUCGAAAAUGAAGUUGAAUUCAUAUCUUCUCCGAAACACAUCUGUUUUGCAUUCUGAUGUCGCGGUUGCUUUAUCUAAAGUUGAGCAGAAGCUCUGUCAGCAUUUCCAACGUGUUGAAAUUAGAGGCAAGCGAGACAGAAAGGUGCCAAUACUCCUGACCCCAAGUAUGCUGGACUCCAUGGAGCUACUUGUAAAGAAUCGUCAAGCAUGUGGUGUACAUGAUGAAAAUCUUUUUUUUUUCGCAAAACCCAUGACUGAGACAUCAUACUACAAAGGCACGGAUUGCAUCAGGAAGGUUGCCUACCAGUGUGGAGCUGAACGUCCAAAGACUCUAAAAACCACAAAGCUGCGGAAACACAUUGCAACACUUUCUACAGUGCUUAAUCUGAGAGAUACUGAUAUGGACCAAUUGGCAGAUUUUAUGGGACAUGAUAUAAGAGUUCAUAGAAACUUUUACCGACUGCCUGAAGGGACGUUACAACUAGCAAAGAUCAGCAAGGUGCUGAUGGCCCUUGAACAGGGAAGGGUAUCAGAAUUCAAGGGGAAAAACCUUGAUGAAAUUAACCUUGAUCCUAAUGAGAAAGUGAAUGUAGAGACUGAUGUUUCUGAAACUGAUGUUUCUGAAACUGAGGAUGAAGAAAGUGAGGGUGAGAUGCCACAGCCAAAAAAACGACGUCGGUCCUCUUCAACAUCUAUAGCGGAAUCUUCAGUUGGCACCAAGUCUUUGAGGGAAAUGCCACAGCAAGAGAAGCAAUGUCAGUCCCCUUCAACAUCUACAGAAGAAAAUUCAUUUGCCCGCAAGUCGGCAAAGGAGAGAGCGACGACUUCAAACUCAGGUUUGUCAAAAUGCCCCAAAAGAAAGUGGACAGAAGAGGAGGUGAAGGCAGUUGAAAACAAACUUUUAGACUGCAUCACAUCUGGCAGUGUGAAGACUGCAUCAGGUCAGCGCCGGAAUUGCUUAAAAACAGAACCUGGAAAUCAGUGAAGUUUUAUGUCAAGAACCGAAUAACAGCAUUCAGGAGAGAGUGUGAGAAAAGAAAGAAAAUGUAAUGUCUCAGGUCAGAUUAUUCCUUUUUUUUUCAGGGAAAUCAAGCACUUUUAAGUUCUAAGAAAAGUUUUUGUACUUGCAUUCGUACAAUUAGUUCUGUGUUUGCACUUAUAUUCGUGCGAUGAGAUCUGUGUUUGCACUUGCAUUCGUACGAUGAGAUAUCUGUGAUUGCACUUUUAUUCGUACGUUGAGUUUUCUAAGAGAAGUUUUUGUACUUGUAUUCGUACGAUGAGAUUUCUAAAUUUUUGCACUUUUAUUUGUACGAUGAGUUUUCUAAGAGAAGUUUUUGCACACUUAUUCGUACGAUGAGAUAUCUGUGUUUGCACUUUUAUUCGUACGUUGAGUUUUCUAAGAAAAGUUUUUGUACUUGUAUUCGUACGAUGAGAUUUCUAAGAGAAGUUUUUGCACACUUAUUCGUAUGAUGAGAUAUCUGUGUUUGCACUUUUAUUCGUACGUUGAGUUUUCUAAGAAAAGUUUUUGUACUUGUAUUCGUACGAUGAGAUUUCUAAGAGAAGUUUUUGCACACUUAUUCGUACGAUGAGAUAUCUGUGUUUGGACUUAUAUUCAUACGAUGAGAUCUAUGUUUGCACUUGUAUUCGUACGAUGAGAUUUCUAAGUUUUUGCAGUUUUCUAAGAGAAGUUUUUGUACUUCGAAAUCUCAUCGUACGAAUACAAGUACAAGAACUUUUCUUAAAAAACUCAACGUAUAAAGAAAAGUUUUUGUACUUGCAUUCGUACAAUUAGUUCUGUGUUUGCACUUAUAUUCGUGCGAUGAGAUCUGUGUUUGCACUUGCAUUCGUACAAUGAGAUAUCUGUGAUUGCACUUUUAUUCGUACGUUGAGUUUUCUAAGAGAAGUUUUUGUACUUGUAUUCGUAUGAUGAGAUUUCUACAUUUUUGCACUUUUAUUUGUACGAUGAGUUUUCUAAGAAGUUUUUGCACACUUAUUCGUACGAUGAGAUAUCUGUGUUUGGACUUGUAUUCGUACGAUGAGAUUUCUAAGAGAAGUUUUUGCACACUUAUUUGUACGAUGAGAUAUCUGUGUUUGCACUGUUAUUCGUACGUUGAGUUUUCUAAGAGAAGUUUUUGUACUUGUAUUCGUACGAUGAGAUUUCUAAGAGAAGAUUUUGCACACUUAUUCGUAUGAUGAGAUAUCUGUGUUUGGACUUAUAUUCAUACGAUGAGAUCUAUGUUUGCACUUGUAUUCGUACGAUGAGAUUUCUAAGUUUUUGCAGUUUUCUAAGAGAAGUUUUUGUACUUCAAAAUCUCAUCGUACGAAUACAAGUACAAGAACUUUUCUUAGAAAACUCAUCGUACAAAUAAAAGUCCAAAAAUGUAGAAAUCUCAUUGUACGAAUAAUUUUUUUUUUGCACUUUUAUUUGUACAAUGUGUUUUCUAAGAGAAGUUUUUGUACUUGUAUAAGUACAAUUAGUUCUGUGUUUGCACUUAUAUUUGUGCAAUGAGAUCUUUGUUUGCACUUGUAUUCGUACGAUGAGAUAUCUGUGUUUGCACUUGUAUUCGUACAGUGAGACAUCUGUGUUUGCACUUGUAUUCGUACGAUGAGAUAUCUAAGUGUGAUAAAUAAAAGAAGUACUUUUUUUCCAAAUGACAAUUUAUUUGAAUGCAAUUUAUUUUAUUUGAAAUUUAAUCUAUUUGCAAUACAUUUGUGAUAAGUGGUAGCUAGGGUUUCCAACUUCACAAAGAAAAAAUAUGGGACAAUUGUGUAUAAUAUACUUAAAUACUUGAAAUGUAGAUUUAACAUGGACGGCUUUUGGUACUUGACACUUUGUUGUGUUUUCUUACAUGGCUAGAUGUUGGACUCAUGAAAAAGAAGCACCUUAUUUGUAUCUGUAAAACAAUUUUUUCAAAGAUAAAUAAACAUUAACAUCUUUACAGAAUAAAACCACAAAAUAACAGCAUCAUGCAAAGCAUUCAAAGCACCAAAAUCUAAAGAAAUGUUUAAUGUUAAUUUAUCUUUGAAAAAACUGUUGCCAGUAAAUAACAAUCUUUUAAAUCUACAGCAAGUUACUGGCAAACAGCUGCAUAACUCAGCAAAUGUUACAGUGUUAGCAGGGAGCACCUGUUGACCUGUAUCAGGAUACUGAUUUAAGAAGCUUGAGGUGAGGUCCCCAUUGUUAACCUUUUUAACACACACAGUGACGUCAUUCAUUUGCAUAUCAAAACAUUACAUCAUAGGUCCCCUGGAGGGAAUUCUACCUGACUGGGUCCCCAGCAGUUUGUUAAAUGUCAGGUCAGCCUUCUGGGGGUCAGGCUCAAAUUUACAAGUGAUGGCUGUUAUAACGACUGUAAAUGUAGUGUGGACCAGUUUCUACCUUGUCUGUAGACCCCUCAGAAAGGGUGGUUCCCACCAGGCAGCAUUAUGUCAUGUGUCCCCACCCAGUAGUAAAAGCAAGUAUGUGUGUGUGUGUGUGUGUGUGUGUGUGUGUAUAUUUACAUU